AUGCUCUUCGGUAACGUCCUCUCCCUCCUCGCCGUCGCCGGCUCCGUCUCUGCCACCGGCCUGCUCGGCCUCGACCUCGGUGCCAAGGUCAAUGUCGGUGUCGGCCUCGACCUCCGCCUCGGUGCGCCCUCUAGCGUCCGCGACCAGUGUUCCAACAAGGGCGACUUCCUCAGCGAGGUCCUUGGCAAGGUCUUCUGCUGCUCUGACGACAACCGCACCGACCCCGAGGAUGGCCUCACUUGCCCCAAGGGCUGGUCGAUGCACAAGGAGGAGAAGUGCUGUAUCCCUCCCACCGAGACUGCUCCCUGCGACUGCGGCGAAGGCUACAGCUUCAACGACAAGACCAAGAAGUGCGACAAGGUCCAGGGCAGCUGUCCUGAAGGCACUUGGUACCAUCAGCGCUCAUCCACUUGCAUUGACAACUCGAAGCCAAGCGACCCCAUCGGCGACAUUCUCUGCCCCUUGGUCGGAUGGGUCUUGCGCAGUGACAGGUGUGAGCCCGAGAAUGAGCACAGCCCGGAGCCUUCUACUUGUCCUCAGGGUCACGAGUGGAACCCUCACUCUUGCACUUGUGGUGGCGGGUCUCCUUCUCAGCGCGCUCUUGCUGCUCGUCACACUGGUAUCCUCUAUGGCGCCAACAGCUUCAAGGCCCGACAGCUCGCCUACUAG